UAUGUUUGAGGUGCAAUUGUUGACAAAAGAUUGGAAUUUUCUUGUUAUUGAUGAUAUUCGUUUUGGUUCCUGCGAAAGAAACGAUAAAGAUUUCUUUCCGGAAGAUAAAUCUUUGAUGAAUCAUUUCAAUUUCGAUAGAAUUUGUAAGAAAACUGGAAAUAUUGAUAAAUUCUUCACUUUAGAUAACAGAAAUAUAUUUGAAAAUAUUCCUUGGCAGGUUGUCGUCGGAUACGAAUCGUACGAGAGUUUUUUUCAUUGUAAUGGAGUUCUCAUUCACGAAAGAUACGUUUUAACUACUGCAAAAUGCGUACUUGGGUAA